ACAAUAAAGAACGAGUUUCAAUUGAUUUUAGCAGACAACACCUUCCACCUUUCCACUUAACUUUGGAUUAACAAAACUCGUCCAUUUCCAUGCCACCAAUGACAUGAAGCGACGAAUAGGUUGGCGAAUGGUGGUUGUGGAGAAGCAGGUUUGGUCAAGUCGGGAGGAAGAGCUGGAUGGAGGAAGAUACGGUUGUAGGGAGAAGCCUCAACAUGAUUUUAUUGAUGAAGGAUUUUGGUCGGCCCGGGGUCGCACUGGAGGGAACCGAUCGGUGAACAAUGGAGAAGUAGACUGGUUUAAGUCGUUUGAAGAACUAGGCGAAGAGAGGUGUGGAUGCCGGAAGAAGACACUAUUAGAAACUUUGAACACAAACUUGAGGGUUACCGAUUUGGUUGAGUCGUGAAUUAAGUCGCUCCCUUUAAAACUGUUUACAAAUUACAACCAAAAAAUAAUCUUGUACUACAUUGAUUAUUUACAAAGCAUUAACUGUAUUUAUAAGGCUAGAUCAUUAAUGACAAUUAAUGUUAUUUGAACUGGGCCUCAUGAUACUAGCUUUUAAGCCCAAAUCACUAAGUCUCCAAGAAGGAGCUAGUCUCGUCGCCAGUUGGGUAGCCCGACGUGGUCCCGAGAUCUAGACCGCGUUGGCGUCAAAUCUAGAGCCUGACAUGAUCGCGAGAUUUAGACCACGUUGGCGUCAAAGUUAGAGCCCGAUGUGGUCGCGAGAUCUAGACCACGUUGGCGUCAAAUUUAGAGCCCGACGUAACAAGAUAAAGACAGGAGGUUAAC